CUCUGUCUCUUUCCCUCCCUGUCCUUUUCACGCUGUUUUAGGUCCGGAUUGUUUUGUCUUCCGUCUUCCCUUCCGAAGCAAGAGGAGCCUCCUGCUAAUGCUUGCGCUAACUGGGUUCCUGAAGGCCGAGAUCCCGUGCAGGGUGAGGCUGAGUCACAGCCUGCUGUUGAAAAGCCUCCCAAAGGAAACAGUGAUGAGCAAGUACCACCUCUUCUGCCUCCCCCACCGCCCGGCAACCUUCCUCCGUACCCUCCUUAUUUUGAGGGAGCUCCUUUUCCUCGUCCACUGUGGCUUCGGCACACGUAUAACCAGUGGGUUCCUCAGCCACCGCCACGGACUAUAAAGAGGACAAGGAGACGUUUGUCACGGAAUAGAGACCCGGGAAGGCUUAUCAUGAGCACUAUCAGACUGAGGCCAAGACAGGUGCUCUGUGAAAAGUGUAAAAACACUCUGAACCCCGAGGAUACAAACACAGCUAGGCAAAAUGCUAAAACAAGGAGGAAGCUGAGCAUUCAGGACAAAGAGCAGAAAAAGCACAGUGACUCUGACUACACUGAGAAAAGAAACAAAAGAGAAAAGAGAGAGGAAGACAAGUUUUCUGGGGAACUAGUGCAUCGAACGCCAGUUAUAAAAAUAUCCUACAGUACUCCACAAGGGAAAGGUGAAGUUGUAAAAAUUCCUUCCCGAGUUCAUGGCUCAGUCAAACCAUUUUGUCCGCAGCGACUAUUGCAGAAUGGAGAGGAGGACCAAGAAGAGACUAGAGACACUGAACGAUGUCGAGAAACCAAAUGUUUAAUGGACAAGUCAGCAGGCAGCCAGCUUGCUUCCAUUCCAAAACUGAAGCUCACGCGGCCUGUGCAUUCCGGUGCAGAUGUUCCACCUCCAAAGAUCCGACUGAAGCCCCAUCGAAUAAAUGAUGGUCAGAGUGUUUCAAUUUAUAAAGCAGAACUUAUUGAUGAGAUAAAUGUCCUUCAGAACAGCGGGGAGUCCAAUCCUGGUGCGUUUUAUAAUGAUGAAUCCACAGACAGAAGUUUAGCUGAGAUAUCUUCAGGGAGUUCAGGUGAAGAUGAGGACUUUAAAAGAUUUCCCCAAGGUAAAGAUGGACAUGAUAACUUGACUUUCCUUAUGAAUUAUCGUAAAAGAAAAGCAGAUUCUUCUAGCUUAUCCGUGUGUAGUAACGACAGUCUAGAUGAAUCCAAGUCUUCUAGUUCAGAAGUAACAUCACCAGAAAUGUGUGACUUUUUACCUGGUGAUGAUGCGUCUGUCUCCUCAUCUUCAAAAGAUGAGCGUAAAAUUGUGCCGCCGUUAACAGUUAGACUACAUACACAAAGUGUGUCUAAAUGUGUCACUGAAGAUGGAAGAACUGUUUCAGUGGGGGAUAUUGUUUGGGGUAAAAUUCAUGGUUUUCCAUGGUGGCCGGCACGUGUUCUUGACAUAAACCUUAGCCAGAAGGAAAAUGGGGAACCUUCAUGGCGAGAAGCUAAAGUAUCAUGGUUUGGUUCUCCAACGACUUCGUUCUUAUCUGUUUCAAAACUCUCUCCUUUCUCUGAAUUUUUCAAACUGAGAUUUAAUCGCAAGAAGAAAGGGAUGUAUCGGAAAGCUAUCACAGAAGCUGCAAAGGCAGUGGAGCAUCUGACUCCAGAAAUAAGAGAUCUCUUAACACAGUUUGAAACAUAACUUUGCCUCUGGUAUCAGGUAACAGAAGAUAAGAGCACAGCUGUUCUCCUAGAGUGUCACGAAGUCUGUAAACAUCCUGACAUGCUCCCCAGGAGAAUCUGGAGGUUGCCAUGCACAUGACAGGAGGACGAGUUUCCUUGUCACAUUGCACUGCUUAUCAUCUGUGAAAGGUGACAGGCACCUGGACGUGGAGUUAGGAGGCUCUUCUGGUGUGAGGCUGGCAGGAAAGUCUUAAGGAUAUGUUAACCUAGGAUGAGAAUUUGACAAGUCAGACGGCAAUGAACUAGGAGAACAGCAAAUACCACAACUUGGAAUGUAUUUAUUACUUAAAAGUUAGCUAUUCUUGAUAAAAUCCCCCAAAUUAUUGCUGCUGCUUAUUUUACUUACAGAUUUCACACACCUGUUAAUUUUAAAGCUACCAAACUUUUACUCAAUACUGUACUCUGAGAAAUGUAAUUGGAGCAGGACAUGCAAUAGAAUGAAGUCAUUGUAGUGUCUUAAGUACAAUGGACUCACUUUGUGUCUAUUAAAAUUGGAAAAUGUGCAACACAACAAUGUGGCUAUCAUUGCAUAUAUUAAAGCUUUUUAAUGUUGUUUACUGCAGAGCUGAGAGAAUCAACGUUUUGGAGUAUACACACAAGCAGUCAACUGGUAACUUGGAUUGUUGCGUGUCCUAAAUGUGUGCUUUCUUAAGUCACCUGCAACAGUAGGCAGUACAGCCUUGAUCCGUUCAUGCUGUGUGCGUAGAGAUGGGUUAUUAGCCUAAUGGGAAUCAUAGUUCAACUGAAGAAUGAACUAACAUUUGGGAUUAACUUUUGUGUUCGCACCUUCUAUGCAAUGAGUCUAUCUUAAGGCCUCUUGAACAUGUGUUGUUGGAUAGUAAGGGCCUUCAUCCUUGCAUGUUACCAGAAAUGACUAACGAUCUUAAAACAAAAAACAACCUACAACUUUUGCAUCAAAUUUAGAGUGCAAAUGGUUGACAAGCUGAAGUGAAUUAUCAACAACCUCAUGGAACUGUAUCCCUUAAAUUGUUUAGACUUGCAUUAGUCUAGCUUUCUCCUGCAGUCCCUCAAUUGAGUGACAUUUAUUUGUGGUAAUUUGUCACUCCUGAUGCUAGAGAGAAGAGCUCAGAUUUGUUCCUGCUAGGUAAAAUGUUGUCCGCAUGUGCCAAAAAAUUAGCUUCAAGCUAAAGAUAGUUGCACAGAUUCUGCUUCCUGUUUGUUCUUAAAUCUGUUCUAGCAAACAGUGUAAUGAAGUAUUGUCAGAGUGGAAUAGACAAACACAGAAGUUCAUGUUUUCCUGGUUCACGCUGGUUCAUAACGUGAUCUUUUGAACGUCAGCAAGGGAGGCCAGACCUUCCCUUUUCUGUUUAACAACAACAAAGUUCAACAAAAAAAGUUCAACACAAAAAAAAUUCUGCUCAGUCUCAGUAAAAGCAUAUAGUCAGUCAAAGAUGCUUCCCUUAGAAGAGCUGGAGGACUGGUAUAAAAUAUGCAAACUAAGAUUCAGUGCUGAAAUAGGACAUCUGUCUCCUGAGACCAAUUUUGGCUAUCUCUGCAAAUAAAUAAAUUUCCUAUUUUCCAAAAAUAAGUGUGAAAGAACAGCUGUAUAUAAUGAGGGGAAUGUGUUCCUGCACCUUGUGUAAAGGCUUUAUGAAGCAGUUGUUUACCUGGGCAUCUAAUUUCGCCGUCUCCAGAGCAGCCUGCUUGGCUGGCAAAGAUAUUCUGGUGCAGUGAGCUACUCCCACUCACGGAGAAAACAAUUUUACCUUUCUCAGCCCCUCUCUGUCUGUCUUCAGGAGCUUUGUUUAUAUGGGAUUUUUUCCAGUAUCUUCUUAAGCUAAACUUAGGGUUAGCCGAUGGUGAUGUGAGGUAGUUCUUCAGCUUUUUAC